CUCACAGCUGCAAGCUCGGCCCAGGACUGAGGCACCAUGCCCCCUUCCUGGCCCACCCUGCUCUGUCUGGGGCUGUGUCUGCUCCAGGCGAUCCAAGCAGCAGUAUAUGUGAAAACGAAUCCCGACCUCCAGCUGGUGCCUUCCUCCAUGCUUCACCCUCUGGAGAAAAUGACUCUUCAGUGUAAUGGGCCCUUUCCAGGGGAGCAUUUCAAGAGUCAGGAGUUCCAGCUCAUGAAGGAUGGUGAAGUCUGGGAUUCAGUGCAUCUGGAGGAACCCUUCUUCCAGGCCAGAUUCCCCCUCGGAACCGUGUCAGCCAAUCACAGUGGAAGCUACCGCUGCCGCUACUGGAACGAAGACAGAUGGUCCUCACCCAGUGACCCUUUAGAGUUAACAGGGUCAGACUCGCUUCCUGAGCCUCUGCUCUUGGCCAGACCCUUUCCCCUACUCCUGCCUCAGGAGAAAGUCACCCUCCAAUGCCAGGGCUGGAUGAAGGGCACGAGCUUCACCCUGUACAAAGAUGGAGAAUCAGAGCCCGUCGAGCGGGCAGACCCACAUGGGCUGAAUGCUGAAUUCUCCAUCAGCAGCCCAGGAAGAUACAGUUGCCGCUAUCACACCGCAACCACCCCGGACACCUGGUCGGAUCCCAGUGGGCCCGUGGAAGUUGUGAUUCCAGACAGACUCCCCAAGCCCUCCUUCAGGGCUUUGAGAAGCUCUCUGAUCUCUCUGGGCCAAACUGUUUCCCUCGAGUGCAAUGGGAAACUUCAGGGAUUAGUCUUUGAGCUGUUCAAGGAAGGAAAGCCAGUGCAAGCCGGAGGCCUGAGCUCUACAGACCCCAGAAGGAUACAUUUUCACCUUGUUAAUGUGAGCGUUGGCGCAGGAGGGAGUUACAGCUGCCGCACUCACUCCCGGUCCGAGCCCUUCAUCUGGUCUGAGCCCAGUAACACUGUGGAGCUGGUGAUGUCAGGAAAAUCUCCCAAACCCACCCUCUUGGCCCAGGGGGGCUCUGUGUUCAAUGCUGGGAGCAAUGUGACCCUCAGUUGCCAGGCCUCCAGGCAGGGUGUGAAUUUUGCUUUACUGAAAGAGGGGAGCCCAGAGGCCACCAAACUCCAGAGCCCAGAAGACAAUCAGGCUGACUUUCUCCUCACGGACUUGACGGCCUAUGACUCUGGAAAGUACACAUGUGUUUACUUUGAAGAGAAGGCCCCGUAUGGAGCAUCCCAGCUCAGUGAUACCUUGGAGAUCCAAGUCAGUGGCCUGAUGACUAAGCCUUCCAUCUCAGUCCCAUCCCACUCUGCACUCACUCCGGGCAGAGACGUGACCCUCCGCUGCUCAGGGAGGUACCCCUACAUGGUUUUCACGCUCAACAAAGAUGGGGUAAGAGCCACCCGUGCAUAUUGGAAGAGCAGAACUGACUGGAGCACGGACUACCUUAUCCCAAAUGUGGGGUACCAAGAUAUUGGGAGUUACAGUUGUUACUACUCUAACUGGGAAGGAACUUCUACUGUUUCUUACCCCAGCGACCCCUUGGAGCUCAAGUUACCAGCUCUAGGCAAACUUCCCCAGCCCACCUUCAGUGUCUGGCCUGACUCUGAGGUGACUCUGGGUGCCAACCUGCGCCUCAGGUGUUCGGGGACACUCCAGGGAAUGAAUUUUGAGCUGUACAAAGAUGGAGAGGAGGUGAAGCCUACAUACAUGAGCAGCUCAGACAUGAGAAGGAUUGAUUUUCACCUAAACAACUUCGGCAUCCAAGACCAGGGGACUUACAUGUGUCGUUACUAUACCAGGAAGGCCCCUUAUGUCUGGUCAUAUCCCAGUGAGCCCCUGAAGCUUAUACUGCCAAGUGAGGAGAAGGAAUCCCUAUGAUAACUCCAACAGCCUUUGUGUCUAAUCCCUCCCCUGCACCAAAUACUUGGACCCCUUGGAAGAAACAAAGGCUAUUCCUGUCCUAGCUAACUGGAAGAAUGGUGUCCUGGGCCCCUAAUUUGCCUCUAAAUCCCAUAUGUACACGGUUACCUAAAGCAGAGCUAAGAAGAAACAAAACUCAGUCAUCUUGGAGCUGAUCACCAGUAUUCUUAAAAUGUCCACUGCCCCACAAUUUGGACUAUUCUAAAGACCGCCCCUUCCCCCCCCCCAACCUCCCACCUCCACCAGCCAUAGACUGUAAACUCCUUGUGUACAGGGAUUGAAUCUA